AUGUCGCCAAAUGAAAUGGAAGCUGAAGUCCAUUUUAUGAAAACUUAUAGAAUAAUGGAAAAGGAAAAACUAACAAAGCUAAAAAAUGAUCGUAAAACGCUUAAUCAGAAAAUUAAGCUUGGGUUGGCCACCAGAGAGGAAUUUUUGAAACAAAUAAAAACUGAAUUAAAUAUGCUGGAUACAUGUCAACUUAAAAUUGAACAAGAACUGAAAGAAAACAACACAGACCAUCUUAACACUGAAAUACUUACCAUUUUAUCAAAUCGUAUCAACGAUAUGUACACCAAUAUGUUUCAUUUGUUUCCUGUUUUAAAGACUUCACUGUCAGAAUAUAUUGAGUUCUGUUCAAAUAAUAUAUUAUUUAUUACUAAAUGUAGCAUCGUGUUGGAUACACUCAUGUUGAGAUACCAUGAUGACCCUGAAGUGUAUUUAACUGCAGCAACAUAUGCAUUUGAUGACCGAAAUGAUAUUGAAUCAGCUAGACGAUAUUUUGCGGAAGGAUUAAAAUAUCACAAAAAUUGUAAAAAUUUAUAUGUAGAAGAGUUCUGGGUAGAAGUACAACAUUUAGAAAAGACUGAAGGAGCAUCACUUCCAAUUGCUAUUGGAAAAUAUAGAAGCUUAAUAAAACGCUUUGAAGGUGAUAUUGAAUUUCAUUUUAUAUUAUUGGACAGAGCCAUUAAAUUAAGUGCAGUUAGAGAACUGCAAUGCAAUGUAGUCAGAGAUAUGGUUAAGAAGUAUAGGCAUAGUGAACUAAUGUGGCAAAAAUUAGCAAAAAUUCAUUUUGAUGGUUUUAUCUAUCAUCAGGAGACUGAGCAAUUACACUAUGAUAAAAAUUAUAUUAAUGGUAUUAGAAACUGCAUUAAAACCUAUGAAGAUGGAUUAAAAGAAAAUUUACCACUUCAAAAUAAACAUAAAUUGUGGAACUUUUAUAUUGAUCAUGUUAUAGAAAUUAGAAAAUCUUAUCGUAUGAAAAAAGAAACAAUCAGAAAUUUUAUGAAUGAAACAAUGGAAAGAGCCUUUCAAGAAGCUCAUGAUAAUAAAGCAUUAUGUAAAGCUGGACAAUACAUUUAUUGGGCUAAUAACACAAUUCAAGACUAUGAUAAAAUAAUGAGAAAUGCAGUGGAGGUGAUAAAAGAUGAUGUUGACAUCUGGAUUAAUUUAAUAUCAUGUUAUUUGAACUAUGACAGUCUUGAAAUGGUUAUUGCAACUUUUCAAGACGGUGUUCGGGCUUUAAAAAGCAAAUCAAUGCCUUUAUGGGCAAUUCUAAUUGUAUACUUGGGGAACACUCAUCCAAAAUUGCUCCAACAAUUAUAUCAUGAAGGAUCACAUUAUCCAUUUCCGGAAAUCAAUUUUAUAAUCAGGCCUCAAUAUUUAGAAUGGAAUGCUGUUCACAAUGGAAUACUAUCAACUCGUGAAUUGUUCAUUAAACUCAGAGACAUAAAACCAGAAUGUAAACAGUUGUAUAUGUCCAUGAUUUCAUUUGAACAAUAUCAGAACACAGGAGGUAUCAAAUUAAGAAAUAUUAGAAAAUUGUAUAACGAUGUAUGCAAUACUUUUGGCGACACAGACAUUGAUGUAUGGACCGAGUGCAUCCGUUUUGAAUACAUGAAUGGUUGUCAUAAAUUAGUGAAAAUAAUUUUUAAGGCAUCAUUGCAGUGCUUGGAAAAAGAUUUAAGGAGUAGUAUGAUAGAAGAGUUUGAAAAACUUAAGAAGGAAUUCAUGGAGUAUGAUCCGAAAGAUGAUGAAGGAGUUAUUGUCAUUAAUGAUGAUGAAUAA